AUGUCGGCGGUGUGUAGUGACCUGUCAGGCCAACAACAGUUCCGUGCCUUCGCCUUGGGCCAGCGACCCUUCUUAGACACCCGCUUCAGCGACCACCUCCGGGAACUUGAGCUUAGACGGAAGAGCGACUCAAUACCUCCCAGUAUAGCUAAGGUUCCUCACACAGGCACCGUCACACAAGAUGCGACAUCGUCCAUGGGCCUGGGUACAGCAGACAGUCACUGGUCCAGUUACGGUGGUUCACAUUACUCCUCUUAUAUACCAGGUAGUUUAACGGGGGGAAACACUUCGACCCUCCAGGGCGGGUUUUCGUCCACCCAAGCCCUGGGUUAUGGCAGUGAUAUAACGCAACAAGUGAAUCCGCUAGACUCCAGUUCUUCACAUCUAUCCUCAGGUGUGAUGGAGAACUCUCCCAGCUCUGGUGGAGACUACGAGGGUCUUGGGUCAUCACUGCAGGCGCCUCAUUCUCCGCCUCGCCACGAAUAUAUGUUGGCGCGGUACUCCUCCCCUGACCUUCGCCACGCCGGGCAGACAGGCACGACAGACCCCCGUCAAGACAUCACCUGUGCCCCCUAUACACCGCCUGCCACCUCCUCCAACGCCGCCGGCUCCUCCUCAACCGUAGGCGGCCUGCUAACGGGCGCGUCUUCGUCAACGGGCGGCUCUGGGAGUGGAGUGAUAGCGGCAGCGGCGGCGGCGGCAGGAACGGUGGGUGGAGGAGCGGGGAGCUAUCCGGGUUACUUGGGAGGAGGUUACUACACAGCUACCACCACGGCGCAGGGCUACCUCUCCCCUAGCGUCUCACUCCUCUACCCUCAUCUCUACCCUCAGCAAGGUCAGCUCUCCAUCCUCGACCCCCGCCAGGCCGCCACUGAUCAAUACACAGCCACCAACACCGCCACCAACACCACCGCCCAGCGGGACUAUACUCGUCACGAUGGUUACCGUGACAUGUCAAGUGCUGGAGCUACUACGCCUGUCCCACAUCAGAGUAUGAUGGCCGGCGCUCACAUGACACCCGAUGACACCCUCCACGCCGCCCACGCCCACGACCGCUACAUGAGUAAUGGUACACGUGCGGGCGGUCCUUCACCCAAUGAUCCGUCAGUGUGGCGACCGUAUUAGUACACAAAACAGGUGGUGGAGGACAGGCCGCCCACCACCACAAAGUGAUCGCUUAUACUCCGACCCCGCAGCAAACUCGACAAAAAAUUUAACGAGUAAAAUAUUGUCCCCGAGAGUAUUCGUGUACCUCGAGAAUGCAACUCUUAUAUCACCAGUAAUAUAAUUAAUGUUGCCUGAUAGUUUAUUUAUUGUACUCUUAUGAAGGAAGUAUAAACAAGUGAUUUUUUUAGCUCAAGUCGGCGAUGUAUAUAUGACGUCAUAACACUCGUGCCUUCAAUGUAUUAAAACUAUGUAUUUUACGAAUGCAGAUUCUUGUGUGUCUGUUCAUCCGUCCGUUUGGUGAUGACAAGACACCUGAUAAUGUAGAAUUUAAAGUACAACAGUUUCACCGUGUGUGGCGGGGAAGGCUCUUGUGUGUGUGCCAGUGGAAGUAACGGGCUUGCGUCUGCCAGUGGAGGCAUUGCGCUUGUGUCUGCCAGUGUAGGCAACGUGCUUAUGUCUGCCAGGAGGGGCACUAUAAAUGUGCUAAUGGAGGCACUAUGCGUGUGCCAGGUAUAGACACACCAUGAGAGUGCCAAGGGAAGGACAACGUGUGUGCGUGUCGGGGGAGGCACUGCACUCUAUAUGCUCACAAUGAACUAUUUGCUCGCGUCCAAUAUAAAUGCCCACAUGUACUGUACAAUACCUUUGGUGCCUUGAUUACCAGUAGGCUUCACAAAGAAUACAGUGCACAUGAAAUAAUUUAUAUACAAGUUAUUAUAAAGUGUGUGUAUAUAAUAAUGUACUAGUUCCUGAAGCAGUGGGUGUACUGGACGUUAAGCAGACAUGGUAUCUGUACUCUGUCUUCCUCUAUCGAUCUUCCAAUUAUUAAUUCUUUGUGUGUAGUCUGUGGGAGACUUGAAAUUAAGGAAAGUGCUUUACAAAUAUGCAAUAAUGUGGAAAAAAUCAUAAAUAUUUAGCUUUUUUAAAAUGGGAAAAUAUUUUUUUUAACAAAGAAUUGCACUUGGCAACUAGAAGAUGGGUGACUAUGGGUGACUAAAAUAUCCUGAUGGUGCAGGAUACAGUUACCUCCUCUCACCCAAAGUUACUUCUGGGUAAAAUUAAGUUACUUUGAGUAUUAUAAUGUUGUCUCGGGUAAUAUUAACACCGAGCAGUUUUGUCAUUAUCUUGAAUAUCAUAUAUUCAGGUAUUGGUCUAAUUCAUCAGUGGUUUAAUGAACAGGUGUUUUCAUGUUUCAAUCAACAGGUUACUUACAUGGUUAAAAAAAAAUUGUGACAAAGUGUAUGUGGCGAGGGAGUAUUUAUUAUGUAUUUGAAGGAUGAUGUUAGAAUUUUCAGAGCCAGAUAAUUUGGACAGCGUUGCUGACUGUUGUAAGUCAUGUACCGAAGGCUGGGUAAUACUCAACUUUGAAUUUAUGAUAUUGUAAAAAGACAAUAUUUAGUGAAGCACCCGAGUAAUGACGCCUCAGGUGUAUUGUGUGUGUGUGUGUGUGUGUAUCAUGGGUGGUGUUAAGUAGCUUGAUGCACUGUGCAGUGCUGUAAUGUGAAUUCUCAGGUCUUGUCAUUGAAUACUCCUGCCAAUCUCUGCUCAAUCAAAAUACCUGUUGUUUGUGUGUGUUAACCUUGUGUAUAUAACCACUGGUGGACGAUGGGCAGCUUUUUUUUUAUUGGUAUAAACUGAGAUUCAGUAUUUUAAAAAAUGUCUCAAUUGCUAUUAUCGAAAUAUCUGUCGUUUGAUCAUUUCGAUGUUAGACAAUUGUUACUCCAGCAUAAAACAAGAAAAAAUGGAUGACUUUUUUUUUGCAAUCUCAUAAUAAAAUAUGUAAAAGUCCUUUUCUGUGAGAUCUGUUAACAGUCCAUGAUGGCUAUUUACAUAUUUUGUUAUAUACAUUUGAUCGUUCCUAUAGACUGUAGGGCAGCAACGACGUCACUCGUGCUACGUUAAAGCAGGGUCUUGUAGAACUGAACUGUCUUCAUCUUGAAUAUAUGUCUCAGUCACAACAGCAAAGGCGGGGGGUAGCUCCUCUAUUGUCGUCACAUGCAGCUCACUACUUUACCAAUCAUCGGGCAUCUUUGCUUGAGAAAAUUCCAUAGGCUUACUGGUACGCCUAUCAAAAUUUUGCUUCCCAACACCCGCUCCAGAAAAUAUUGUCAAACCUUAGCAACUCGGUAUUAUUGUGAUGACUACUGCGUUACCUCACGUGACUGAGCAGUUCACGAAUCUCUCGAUGUUGAAGUUACAGUUUCUACAGACGCGUGCAGUGUUGACGUAUAUUAUCUGCAUGAUAAGUCAGUAUGUAGUGCAAAUGUCGCUGUUGCAGUGGAAUAUUGCUUUAAGGUUUGUAAAUAGCUAAUUUGCCCCCCUGUAAUGUGUCUCGACUUGUAGUCCUGGAAGUUGAUGAUAAUAAAGCUACAUUUUAUA